GCGCGGGCGGAACACGGGCGGCUCGUAAAAAUCGCAUCGGAACGGUUCCGAAUCGUUUGCUUUUCUCCGCGCGACGGCAAUCAAUCUCUCGCGCUCCCGGAGCGCGUUUCGAGGCGACACGCCGGCUCGCGUCCGCCUUGCGGAAAACGCGAGCGACGGUGACCUUUACCUUCACCUUUGCGUCUUUACUUUUAGCUUUGCUUGUACCUGGCGGCGUUAACUUUAGCUUUAUCUUUACGCUUGUCUCCUCGGCGGCGGCGGCGGCUUCGACUCGGACCGGAAAUCGGGAACCGCGUCGCUCGCCGUUUUCCGCGGCGGUUCCUCCUCCGCACGUCGGAAUAAACGCGACGCGACGUUAUUAUUGUGUCGCGUAACGAGUGCGCCGAUAAUUCGUUUUAAUAUGCUUUCGCUAAUUGGACUUCGCAGAUCUGCCGACGAAAAAACUCUGCGUUUUUGGUGACCUUUCGCACGGCUAUCGAUUAUCGAACCUCGAACGGCGGGAGAAAACGUCGAACGGCCGCCGCGAGUGCCGAGAAACACGUCUCUCGGUUUCUCGACUGGUUAUCGCGGAAGGAGAGAGAGGAGGAGAACGCGAACUCGUCGCGGCCCGUCGCGGUUUUCCAUUCGCCGUUAAACCUUGAAUUCGCAUCGACGAUAAAUGGCCGCGAUAUCUCGCCGCCGCGGCGGACGCCGCGAGCCGCGUCGUUUAAACGGCGGUAUAUGUAGAUCGCGCGGAAUAUUUGAUCGGCUAAUAAUAAUAAUAAUAACGUUCGCCUUGUUUCACGCGCGACGUUGAAACGCCGUUACCCGCGGCGCCUCGUUUAUACGCGGAAACGUGUAGCCCCGUGCAAUAAAAAGCGGGCCGGUGAUUCAAUGCGCGGAAACUCGCGGCGAUUUCGAUGCGUCCUCGAGGAUCCACGUCGACGCACCACGUUUCCCAUCGAAUUAUGGAAAUGGUCGAACGAACGGUUAACCUCGUUUCGAUCUCGAGUGCGCCCCUCUCCCUCCCCCCUGCACGCGCGAGGCGAAUCGUUUAAACGACGAUUAUCGAUUACACAAACUUUCGAACCGACGGGAUCGGUCGUUGUCGCGUCGUCGCACGUCUUAACCUCGUCGUCCGAUCCGUCGCGAUGCUGUUCGAUUGAUCGACGAGCUGUCCGUUGUCCGUUGUCUGACGGCGUUGUUGUCCGACGGCGCGGCAUGAAUCGCGCGGAUAUCGGGACUCGUCGCGGCGACGGGUCCGCGCGCGACGAACGGACGCUGGACAGAGAAGAUCUGUUGAAUUACUUUAAGAAUUUAGAGAGAGCGUUUCGACGAGACGUCGGCGACGAAGGCGUCUCUAGACGGAAUCGUCGCUGGUCCGGGCACCCUGGAUACAUCGAGAAGGCACCUCGGCGACAUCUAAAGAAGAUUAUCGCGCCGACGGACUUUCGUGUACGCGAGGGUUGGUCCGAGGCGGACGUGGAACGACUCCGGGACGCGAAUUCUGGAUGCUGUCCGUCGCAGACGAAUCGAAGCGAAGGGAACGCGUCGGUCGUACCGUUGUUCGUCGCGGGAACGAAAGCGUUUUUUGGCGCGGUGAAAGAAAGAUCGACGGGGCGGUCGUCGAGUAUUGUUUUAAACGAUGAUUGUGGGGUGUUUGGAAUCGUGGACGAUCUGAAGAGUUCGGAGAUCCUGCGGUGCGAGGAAUUGUUGAACGAACGCUGCGAAAAGAGAUCGGGAGCGACGGCGUCGGCGAGAAACCACGUAACCGCGGGCCCGAACCUUGAAAACCGUCGCAAACGGGACCCCAGAAACGCGGGAGAACGAAUAAGGCCUUUGGAAGAUGGGACCGUGAAGGCAGAAGACCGAGAUCCGUGCAAACAACUUACAAACACUCGACGGGAACGAUUCGAUUGGUGGCGCGUAACAGAUAGCGAAGCAGCGGCGGAACAAUGCGUCGAGAGUGGUCGUCGCUGUGCCGCAAACGUCGACGUCGAGCGUCCACGGGAUCGAUACGGCAAUCGUGAUCGGAUCGUCGACGAGGCGACGGGAAAGAUCCGUUUGAAGGCGAGUCGAGCGGAGAGCCGCGAGCAAGCAACGCGUCCCGAAUACGCUUGCACGGGGGUGCAUCGGUUCGAUUCGCGUUCUCACCUGGAAAGGGUUCGGGAAACGGUGCACGCCAGCGAAUCGGACGCAACCUGUUGCAGCUGCGGCGUCUGUCGCGCGGCAUUUCGCCUCGAUUUCACCGCGAACGACGAUUCGACGGGGCAAUUAGAGACGCCGACGAGCUGUCGGAAGUGCGCGCCGAUAGCGGCGGUAACGCGGAACGCGGCCGCGCCGUCGAGAUCUCGUUUGUCGGAAUCGCGUUCGAAUCUUGGGGCCGCGAUCGCGUGCCGUCCAAACGAGCGACGUUUUUCGAAUCGCUGCCGCGACGGCCGAUCGUUUCGCGAACCGUUCGCCGUUCGGAAAAGGAACGAGAAGACGAUCGCGCCCGGGAAUUCGUUCGGCGAUUACCGCGGUCGCGAGCUCGUGAAACCGAUGAACAACGUCGGCAAGGCUCGUUCGAGGAAAGUGCUCGUUUAUCCGCCUCGCGGUCAAGCGGGUCCGCCGUUGACGCUUUACAAAAGCAGCUCGAACAUCGACUGCGUCGUAGACGGAAGUCCAAGGAACGGGUUCCGUUAUAGCGUCACCUACGUGCAAACGUUCCGCAGCUCGUUCUGGCGGUCCGACGAUCGCGACUGGUAGAAGGAUCUUCGACGAUACGAAUCGUCGCCGCGACGGUCCCCGGAAAUCUACGCGCUCCCUGGGAUCGAUAGCUCGUCUCGCCUCGUACCGGACAGCGUCGUGCCGCAGAAAGCGCCCGACGGUGGCGAGAAACAAGCAUUUUCUCGCUGAAAUCGUGAAUUCAAUUUCUGGUGCAACUUUUCGAUGUUUUAUGUUACGCGAUAUUAUCGACGUUACGGAAUUUAUUUUUUGAACAACGUUUCUAGGGGAGAAAUACGUGAAAUUGUACGAUUAAUUUGUGACUAAUGAACGGUAAAUUGUCGUCGAAUUAACCGCUUGCCGUGCUCUGAUGUGUCUAACUCGUCGUGAAAAUUUCUAACGAUAACUUUAAAUUGGAACAAAAUUCGAAUUUCUUGUCGUCGAUGUUUAAGCAGUCUGGUAAAAAUUUACUUCGACGAUGAGCAUCAAUUUUCUUUCGAUUAAUUGACCGACGCGCGCGAUUCGAACAAAUUAAUCGUGGGAAAAUCGGCGAUUGAUUUAAAUAUCGACGAUUCUAGAGAAUAGAAAUUUUCUCUCCUUUUUUGUCAGAAUUACAAAGAACGCGCUAUGGUUUCUUCGAUAGCCUAAACCGUAUACUUAUCGUCUGAAAUCGAUUUUCCGACCAAACUGAGCACUUUUUAUAAUCGCAACCCUUGCUUCGAGCGAUUCUGCUACGAAUGCUAUUAUAUCGUUGCUCGUCUUCGUCGCCGCUCGCAUAAUCGAAUUAAAUUUCUUUGAAUUCAAUUAAAAGAAAAAUUUAAUUUUCCUCCCUGAGUUCUACAUCCAAGUGUUUGUGUUUUAUACACCCUUGCGCGACUGCUUCGUUAUUAUUCUCUCGUUCUUGCAACAAAGGACUACUAUCCCGCCGAUCGAUAAAGUUAUUCAAACAAAUUAAUUAAAUUGCAAGUCUACGACACGGUAUGCUCGAACAAUUUAAUUUAUACAAUUGCCGAUUUCCUAUCACGAGCGAUCGGCGAGAUUUAUUUUAUCAGUCGAUUGAAUCAACAAGAUUUUUCGCCGGUUUAUCUUCCUCUAAUCAAAUAUCGACGAUUAUUUUCGUCGAUCUAUCGAAUCGAUCGCCAUUACUCCGGCGAUUUUUAAUCAAUUUUUAAUCAAUUUAACCAUUCGACGAUUAAAUUUCAGUAAUCGAUUAUAUCAAUCGUCAAUUUUAUGUCAAGGUUAAUCAUUUUAAUCGUAAGCAUUAAUCAAUUGAUCGAGCGACAAAUUUUGAUCGAUUCGUGACGAACUCUUAAUAAAUAUCCCUAUAAUGCAUAAUUUA